AUGCUGGCCCUUUUCCUCGCAGUCAUGGCCGCGGCCUGGCUGAUCGAAGCGGCCAAUGACAACGAACUGCACCAUAAUUUUGGGGCUGUCGCUUUCAUCCGAGCUGGGGAACGAACGCCGUUGCUAAAGCCCGACACGCCCGUCCUGACUGCCUUGGGUGCGCAGCAGAUGCAUGAGCUAGGACAGAACUUCAGAGGCAGAUACAUCUACGAGAUGGAUAGCCCAAUCGGACUUGGCGUUCAAAAUAUCGACGGAAUGUCGGUCGACCUUUUGCAGAACGAUCAGCUCUUCAUCCAGACAAUCGACAAGCCAUAUCUUGUAUCCGCCGCGCAGGCCUUUAUGCAGGGAUUGUACCCUCCUUACUCCCUCAAUGUUACCCGGAAUGGGCCACUCGCCGAUGCUACUGGCCUCCUGGCCAAUGGCACAUCAGUCGAUGCCCCGAUGGGUGGCUAUCAGUAUCCCAAUAUCCAGACUCUUAGCGAUCUCGACCCGCAGAGCGUUUACAUUGCUGGAGCCCAAAAUUGCCCCGCGUCGCAGCUGGACUCCGCAAUGUACGAGACGACGGAAGCUUUCAUGAAUACCCAAACGGCCGAGAGGUCGUUCUACCAAUCGCUCGACAUGGAUUGGUUUGAUGGAAAUAUUCGCGAGAGUUCGCUGGACUAUCGCUAUGCUUAUGAGAUAUACGAUUACCUCUCGUACGCCUACGUGCACAAUACGGACACUAUGGAGAAGCUCUCCAACGACAGCACCUACGCUGGGGUCUUUGACCGACUUCGAUAUCUGGCGGAUGGUAGUUCCUGGUAUAGAUACGGCAACUACUCUUCUUCCACCGGGGGCGACGGUGACCGAGCAAUGGCGGGCAAGACACUCGCCGCUCUCAUACUCGGCCAACUCCAAAAGAUUGUAUUGAAUAACGGCAAUACGACUAACGGCGUUGCGAAGCCGCUAACUCUUCUCUUCGGUGAACACGAAGCCUUCAUCUCCCUUUUCUCCUUGAUCAUGGUCGACUAUCUGCACGACAACUUCCAUGCCGUCCCGCCACCGGCUUCUGCCAUGAUCUUCGAACUCUUUACAGUUCAGCGAGACGAUGCCUUCCCUUCGGAUCAGGACGAUCUUUGGGUCCGGUUUUACUUCCACAAUGGCACUGCUCCAAAUGGUACUGCCACAUUCAAUGGUCAGCUACAGGCUUUCUCCAUCUUCGGUAACGGCCCGUCACAUAUGGAUCUUACGUGGACUGAGUUCCAGGACAUGAUGAGUCGCGUCAUGACGAAUCAGCUCUCAGAUUGGUGUAGCCAGUGCAGCUCGGGCUCGCUGUUCUGCUGGGGCGUCGACAACUCGACCAUCGCGAUCACGCUUGCUGCACAAAACAAGAAGCAGCUCUCUCCUGCUGUCGCCGGCGUCAUCGGUGCAGUCGUUACUCUCGCCGUUGCUGGUCUUCUCUUUGCAGUCGCUAUGCUGCUCGGCGGCAUCCGCUUCCACCGCGUAAGCCGGGGCAAGAAGUCUGACCUUGGAGGCUUCAAAGGAUCAGCCAAACUAGCUUCAGAUGCCGAUUUGCAUCUGCCAAAGAACGCUGUUGCACCGGCGGGAAUAGUGAGCUUCGGCAAGGAUGGCGAUAAGAAGGUUACGCACGAGAGAGUCGGGAGCUGGGAGCUCAGGCAAAAGGAGUUUGGACCGAAGUCGGGCGACUUGGGAGACGAGUCGAGGAGGGUCAGCUUUGAGGCCAUUGAAGCAGCGUUGCACAAACCUGUUGAGCCUUCUGAGAGGGUCUGA